ACAAUUAUUAACCGAGUAAAUUCAAGUUAUCCUUUGACAGUUAUUCAGGGCAUAAAUAAAUACCAAUAAACUGAUCAUAAUUAACAAUCUAUUUUCAUGUCUUCAAUUUAGGCGCGAUUAUGUUGUUGCUGUUAAAGGCGUCAUCUGGUGAACCUGUUUAUUUUAGGGAAAUUUUCAACCAUUAACCUUUCAUCUGAUGAGUACCUCCGGAGUGUUUCAAUUUGGUGUUUUAGACAAAAAUGAUAAUGAAGAAGAAAAAACUGAUGUAUUUAAAGAAUUCAAAGGUUUACUUCCCAACUUGACUAUCGGUUAUGAUGAAGUUCCUCUGGAUGCAGAUUUUGCAUGGCUUCUAUUCUUACUUCUUCUCUCAACUAUUUGGUUAACAUAUUCAUUAUACUAUAAUUCAAGAUUAUUUGGUUUUAUUUUGACAAAAUUUGUGAACAAUUUUAUUAUUGCCCGUUAUCUUUAUCCUGAUACCAAAAGAUGCGAGCAACCCUAUUUCCGAGUCUCUUCAUUUUCACUUACAUUCAUAUCAGGCAAGAUUAUGUUCCGAGAUCUUGUUUGGAUAACAACCGAUUACUCUUUGCGAAUUCAAGAUGGUUGGAUCAUUCUACGAUGGUGGAUCCCUUUUGAGCCUAGAGAUGUACGGAAAAGUGAUUUUAGUCAUUCUGAUGCUAGACUAUCAAUGUUAUUCAAUGGUUUUGAACUGCAUAUUUAUAAUAGAUCUCAUAUGUAUUCUGAAUUGGAACGUUUGUUUGGUAUUAGUCCACCUAAAUUUAAUCCAGAUUAUGAUAAAGGAGGAGGUAAAGCACCUCCUGAGCCGGGAGGUUAUUCGUCAUCAUCUUCAACAGCUUCACACAUGAAAGCAUCGGAUAAUGAUGAACUUAUUAGUGUUUACUUGUGGAGAAAUUUUUUCCCUCUCACAAAGAUUGAAAUACUCACUGGUCGAUUUGUGUUUGGCAAUCAUACUAUCCCUAGUACCCUGUUGAUCACUUUUGAAGAAGGUCAUAUUACUUACACAUCCCGCCCUACCGUUUCACCUCAUGAUCUCUUCACCCACAUAGCGAAAGCAAAAGCUGAAAGUUUCAAAAUUAUUUUAGCUCCUAGUCCUAAAUAUAUUGGUCUCGUUGAGGAACCACCCAGAUUUAUGGGAGAAGGCUUUGUUGUUUUCCAAACGAAUGCCAUUGAUUUGUAUUAUUACCAAGAUGAACCUGGUCUGGCAGGAAGUGUCCCUGAAACAAUCGAACUUGCCUCUGGAGAUGUUAUUGUUGACUUCACUGCUCCAGCUUGGGGUUUAGAUAUCAAAUGCGGAAAGGGAACACAUUUUGGUUACGGUCCAUGGGCAGAUCGUAAUCGUGAUCAUCUUUACAACUUUUUCUAUCCACCAGAUUAUCAACCUAUUGUACCAACAUCCAAGCCCAAACCAGGAGAGUUACGACAGGCAGAAACAUUUUAUAUACGCUUAAGUACUCUAGCAGAUGCUGCUAUUGAUAUAUUGUUCAUUACUAAAGAAAAAGAAACCAAAGCUCUCCAUGUUAAUGCUGGACCAGGUUCAUACCUUGAAAUAUCCAUUCCAUGGACUUGUAAAGAAGAUGGCUAUCAAUCCCAUAUCUGGGGACAAAUACUUCAUCUUGAUGCAACGACCAAUCUAAACUUUCGCUCACUAGCUGAAAGUGAAACGUUGGAAUUUGAUUUUAAAAUACUUUACCCGAGAGUGUGGAAUCAUCAUCAAACUUGGAUUUGUUCACUUACUGGGUGCAAGGCUACAGUUGACCUAAUAUUUGCCCAUAAAAUUUUCUUCUGUGAUUUAAUUGAUGACUGGGCUGGUAAAGAUAGGCCUGAUAUUGUUCGUUUUAUCCCAUAUACUUGGAAAUUUUCUGUGAAAUUGGUUGAUUUUGAAUUAAUUACUUUGGCCAAUGAAUAUAAUUGGAUUGAUUGCUCAUCAAAGUUGAACAGUGAAAAUGCUCAGCUUGCCAUUGUCGGUGAUAUUUAUGAUAUGUCUUUUGAUUUACCUUUUAAUGAAUUUCUUCCUCCUAACGUGUCAAUUAAAAUAUGGAUCCAAGGAGAAAGUCUCAAUGCUGCUCUUUAUCUUCCUGAAUGUAAUCCUCAUCGCGAAACUCUCCACAUGUUAGAUAAAUAUGCCAAAUUGUGUCCACCUCUUUUCAACUCAUCUAACCAAGAACCAUAUUUUACCGCCAUUCGAACUUCUGAUCUUUUCUCUUGUGAUAAAAAAUGGCACCGUUCGGUGAGUCGUGCAAAUGGAUGGAUUGAUUGUUGGUCUGUAAGAAUUGUAGCUCUCUCCAUUACCUACACAUAUCAUCCUUGCCCACCUAAGACUCAUUCACCGAAAGCUUCUGAGAUAACUACUCCAGAGAGAGAAGAACUCCUUUUGGAACCCAUAAGACCUGAAAGCUGUUUGUCCGCCAAAGCCUUGAAUGCCAUUCCUCCUGAUUUUAAUCCAGGUUCUAUGGACCCUGAUCUAGUCGAGUUGGAGCUUGAAGUCGGCCCGUCUAAAAUUUGUCUUUAUGGUACAUUAUUUCGAAUGCUUUGGAAUUUGAAAGAAAAUUAUAUCGGUGAAUAUCAGACAUUUACAGACUUCAAUUCCAAUCCAAGUGUUACUGAGCCUUAUGAAUUAAACAAAACACCUUCCAAACCAUCAUCCAUGUAUGGUGAGGCUAAUAAACCAUUUGACGCUCGAUUAUACCGACCUUUAGCAGUAAAUGUUUCAGUAACUCUGCAUAAUAUACAAGGUCAUAUUAUGAAAAGCUGUGAUGAAAAUGACUCCAACCCCAAUAUUCCUCCCUGUCCUUAUCUUUACCUGGAAAGACUUUGUUUUGAAAUGGAUAAACAGUACUCUGAAACGAAAAUGCAACUACUCCUUUCACCUUUAAUACUAGAUGCACCUGAAUAUAUUAUGUCUCUAGGCAAUCGUACAUUAUCAAACACUGGUCAUCUUAUUUUAGAUUCACUACAAUUUCGUGGACAUGCAAUGUUUUCUGGUCUUGAUCGUCCUCUUGAUAGUGAAACAUUGGAAUAUGCUUGGCUUAUUGAAGUUCAUCUCGGCGAAAUUGCCGGUCGCUUGAGUUUACCACAAUUUCAACAAGUGUUUGUUGGCUUUGAAACACUUGCUCUUCAAGUUAUGCAAGAAGAUUGCUCCCUUCAACCACCCACACCCUACCAAAAAUGUCUCCACGAUAUGGUUCAGUCAUUAUGUCCCAAGACACAAGCCAGUGGAGACAAUAAAAUGUGCCCUUAUUCAGAAGAUCUGAAAUAUCGCAUGGUACGGAUUGAUUUGGAUUCAAUUCAACUUUUCUUUACCGAUGUUAAUACUGUUUUAGCACUUGAACUAGAUCAGAUAAAAUUUUGUACCUGUAAUAUUCAUAGUUGCCAUACAAGUAGUGGAAUGACUGCCUUAUUCAAAGAAAUCACUCUUCAUCACUAUAUUUCUAUGAGUAGCUCAUUGAGUAAUUUUAAAAGUUCAAAGCUUUAUUUAGCGCCAACAAAUAACCAGCAACAUUCAGACUCAGAAAACACAUUCUAUGAAGUCUGUAAAAUCAACUUUGGACCCAUCUUCGUAGAUUCAGCUGAACUUCUCUCGGUUGUGGAUAAUUUUACCGUUAGUCAAGAUACUUUCCUUCGUACCCAUGAUGAGGCAACCAAACGUCUCUGGUUUUUGUGGCCUUAUAAAACAAAUGAAAAUAACUGUAAUGGUAAAUGUGGAUGUGUUGGAGGUUGUGCAUUUUUCGGGAAAAAUUCUCGCGGAAACGAUUUCUUUUCUCUUGGUAAACAUGAUCCCACGGUAAAUUCAGAAGGUAACAUUCUUUGGGGAGAAAGUCUUUUAAGACCAGGUGAACCUGUGGCAGGUUUCGAAAUAAAUACUGUUUUUCAUAUGGAAGAAGAAAGCGAAGACGCUUGCGAGUUAGCUCCUCUCUUUGAGCGAUCAAAUUACUGUGUUACAAGUCCAUUAUCACCUUCAGUUCGAAGUAAUUCCUUAAUAGCUGGAAAUGAUUCGUCCUUGCAAAACAUAUCAUCAUUUUUAUCAACUAGUCAAACCAAUAAAUCAGGAAGAAUUGGUAUAUUCUCACGGCAGCUUUCAAGUCCAGCAAGGUCCAGUCCUUUUCCAUCCAGAGAUAAUCGAAGCAUCACCAAUCUCAACACAUCAUUAUCUGUUUCAUCAGCUGUUAAUGACAAUAGACCAAAGUUGCCCAUACCUGAUCGUUUAAGGAACCGCAGUCUUAGUGAAAGUGAUGAUAUUGAAAUCAGUAAAGAUUUGUUUAAAACCGAAGCUGGAGUUGAAGAUGAGUUAAAAAAGAUCGUCGACUUUAAACCAUCAAACUCGCGAGACGAUUCAUCAAGAAGUGGAGCUUCUAAAGCAACUGAAACUUAUUUUACUGUUACCGAUCCUUAUUUUUCUGCCAGCGAUUCCUUUUCGUCAUCUUCAAAAGAAAGUAAAUCAACAGCUGACCGUACGUUAGUUACUGCACCUACACAUCAACCUGUUGAAGCAGUUAAAAGUGAUGACACUCUUGUUUCUAUUAUGUCAAUUCCUGGUUCAGGACCAUCUGGUGCAACAUUCCGUGAACAGUGUGGCUCAAUGAGUCAAAGUGCUCUAAACAGAUCUAUAACAAGUUUACAAUCAACCUACAGUGCCCCGCCUGAUGCAGGUCAGGCAACAAUCACUGCAACCAUAACGCAAGGUAACACUGCAAAUGAUGCUGAAUCAGAGACAGACAAUCAUUCCAUUUCAAGUUCAUCAUUUCUUUCGGCUGUUUCAUCGCAAGAAGAAAUUGGAAUCAAUGCUUUAGUAGAUCUUCGUAAUCAAAUGGAAAAGUCAAUCAUUGAAUCUCCAUUAUUAAUGUCUUCCUACACCAACCAUCUAACUCGAUUUGAAUGUGCUAAUUAUAAAAACACAAAUUCAUCAAUUGAUAUUUUAACUUUACGAGGAAGGAAAAAAGUUAUUCCACGUUUUGUUCGAUCAACCUCAAAUGGAUUAUCUUGCAUUAAGUUAGCGGAAAAAUCAGGACCAGAAGUGUCUUCUCAUUCAAAAAGCGCCGAAAAACAAGAUUCAGAACAAGCAAAGUAUAUGAAUGAAGGUCGAUUUAUUUUCACUCCAGGUUCUGUUUAUGAAAAAAUUGAAAGUAAAAAUUUAGAUCCAAAUAAUCAAAAAGAUACUGAUGAAGGUGAUACCGAUGGCAGUUGUGAAAAUCUUGCUUUCAAAAAGCGAAUGGAGAAACAAUUCAGUAAAACUGUUGAAUUUAGAAGUGAAAAGGUGACCAUUUUAAUCCGAAUGAAUGGUGAAGCUUCUGUUCGCAUAUCACCAUUAAGUUUAGAUGGUCUCAAAACAUUUGUUGAUAGCAUUACAGAAUCAUUAGCUCAUGUCCAUUCUUUGACAAUCAUCAACCAUUUGAAUGUUAAAUGUUUUACAUCAGUUGCUCGUAAAAAUCAGUUAAAGAAAGAGAAAACGUUGGAAUAUGGUCAAUUAAAACAUAAAGCUUGGAAAAGUACAUUGGAUCGUGAAAAUCUAAAUUCAACUAAUCAACAAGCAACAACCAGUGGAGCACAAAGUGGAAUUACAACUGGUCGAACUCGAUUUGGUGAAGCUUUUGAAGAUGUUAAAUCACAAUUUAAAUCACCUCCAAUCGAAUCAACAGUAACAGCAAAUCAAUAUGAGGAGAAUAAAAGAUCUAAAUUUCAAGUUUUUGUUCAAAUCUCAAAGAUAAAUAUUAUUGUCUUGCAAGCUUCCCUUGUUGAGGAGUUCAUUACAUUUUCAGCUUUAGACGAUAUUCGUGACUUAACCUGUGUAUCGAUGUUUUCCGCAUCUCUAUCAAAAACAAAUUUUGAUUUUUAUAGCAGCCGUCAAGAGAGACGAUCUCUUCAUACUGUUAUUAGUAAUAACAUCAGAACUCAGCCAACCUCUGCUUUUGCCCAAUUUGCUCAAAGUGAUAUUGUCAGUCGACUACUAUUCCGUAAACCUAAAAAGGAAAGAGCCGAAGUGGAACCUGUGACCAUCGAGACCCAUGAGCUUCUAGAAGAAGAAACUGUUGGCAGUGGAGGGAUCGGAAGUUUACAUGUUCAAUUAACUCGACUCAAGAAUAGUAGUUCAAUAUUGAAGGAAGCAAUUCUAACUGUUAUCCCACUAAACCAAAGUCGAGUCAACUUUUAUCUCGAUAAAACAAUUAUUGUUGACCAGCCUGGACUAAAAGUGUUGACAUCUACAGGUCGAAGACGAUCAAGUGGUACAGCCAGAGUAUCCCUUCGACGACAAGAAGUUGCUGAAGAAAAGAUUGAAACAGAAACUGUUUCAUUGGAUACAAAUAAAAUUGGUGAUGGUUCUAGUGGUGAAAGUGACAAUCCAUUAUAUUCAGGAUUUAUCAUGUUUGAAGGAGGCUUGGAGCAUAUUGACUUAAAAGCUGUCAAAAAACGAGAGAUGCUAGAUUCUAGUUCUACUUAUCCUGACCAACCGCACAACAUAAGCGAAAAUGUUGAAACCAAAGAAGAUGGUAACACUGAGAACAAGAAAGAUCGAAAAUCGUACAAAAAGGAACGAGAUAAAGGAGCUUCAUCAUUUAUCGGUGAAAUUGGUGUUAUAUGGUUAAAUUUUGCCGCUCCUCUUAAGACCCCCAACACUCGCAAGAUUGACUAUACUCGAUUAGAUUGGCAUUUAUUGAGUACGGCAACACCUUCCAUCAACGCUUGGCUGAGUGUUGGUGAUCGUCUAGGAGUUGCUGUUAAAAAAAUGAACUCUUUGUACGAACAACGAGUUUCCUCUGUAAUUACAUAUUUAAUGAUUUCUGGCCUGGAAGUUGAAGGAAUUCACAUUCCGCCGCAAAGUAAAUGCUACAUUCGAAAAUAUACACCUUAUUCUAAAUCAUUACAAGAAGAUCCUUCCUGCCAACUGAUGAAUGUCCUUCGUCGUUAUCUCAACCGUCACGCAAAUCUAGUUGAAGUCGAAGCAAACCUAAAAUCAACUUUAGUUCCUCCCCUUCAUGUACUAAAACGUGGUGUUAUCGCUGCAAGUCGUCAAUGGAAGAAUGCUCUUUACAUGCCACUUUUAGUUGAACAAAAUAUUCGUCUAACGCGAGGUGAAAGAGAUGCAUCCUCAAUUUAUCAAUCGAGCAUACCUUUACGUUUACUUUUUGGUUCCUCUGCUCCUCAAAAGCCUCCUCAAGAAGCUCCACUUUCUUGUAUGCCUGAACCAUCUCAAAGUGAUGAAAAGAUUGCAGAAAACGUAGACGAGCAAACUAAAUUACUUUCUCAAGUAAAAGAAUCAAAAGAAGUUAUUCAUCUUGAAUUGAAACAAACAACAAGUAAGGGUGAGGAAACAUCGCAUGAACGAGUUGGUUUUGGUUCUAGACGUGAUCGAACCUCAAGUCAACCAGAAAUUAUAAUAAAUAGUGGAGUUAGAGGCUCACAAGCAGAAGAAAAUGGCGUUCAUUCAACUAGACGGAAAAUGUCUACUCUUCCUAAUAUCUUUUCCCGUUCAUCUCGGGGAUCAGUUCCAUUCCCUUUAUUGACCUACCCAUUAGAAUCAUUAGGAUCUGGUGUGAAUAAAGCAUACGGAUUCCUUUUUAGUCCCAAUAGUCACCAAAGCUCUUGUGUAAAGGGUAAUAAGCGUCAAGAAAGUCAAUGCAGUUUAAAGUCAACUUCCAGUUCAUCAAGUGCUGCUGAUCCUGCGGCCAUGGGAGAGUCGUUAUUUAACCCAAAAGGAGGUGACAAUGCUGAUUAUCACGAAGAAAAUCUAUAUUUAUGGAUGUCACGGCAACAAGAUUAUAUGGAGGCGAAAAAUUUGUACCAAACUACUAACCACCAUCGACGAACCUCAUCACUUAAUCCUCGUAAUGUUACCAUCGAUUCAACUCGGUACAACACUCUUGGCUCUGCUUAUUCCUAUGAAGAAGAGACUGCUGCUGCUUCGGGUGAUCCAGUCGUUGAAGUUCCUCCUGGUUUUGUUUUUGUACCAACUGGAGUGCAGCUCAAUAAUGUUCGAAUUAUAUUUCAACCUCUUUUCUCUUCUCUUGGCGUUGAAAAUUUUACUGAAGAAGGUGAAGCAAGCAUUUCUUUUGACCAACUUGGACCUAAAAUAACUCUUUCAGCAGCCAUUAAAAUGUUUAAAGUGAACAUUGUUGAAAGUGAAGUUUCAGAUGCCAAUAGAUCUCGAUCAUCGCCAAUAUCAUUCACUUCGUCCGCUGACCGUCCAAUCAAUAAAUCGACCAUGACUGCAACUACUUCGUCUCAUAUUCGACCAGAUUUCCUUUUUACAUCUUUCCCAGCGAAUCAAGGGCUAAAAUUAGAAACAUCGGCAUUUAUUUGUGAUGGACUCGCUGUUGGUCUUGAUUUACGUAAAGUUAAAGACACAAUGUCUGCGGGUGAGCCAAGUGUUAAUGAUGCUUCUAGCGUACCUCAUUCCAGUGUCCCACAUCCAACUGGAAUGGAUGACAAAACCAGUGAGCAUGAUGAAAAUGUACCAAUUGUCAUUGUUGGACCAGAUGGUGGAAUCAAUGAAAUUACAACUACAAUUAAUUUCAGUGUUGAUGUUCACCAAAUUAUUCAACGAGUAAACUUACCGUUACUACGUUUAUUACACCAAGUAGCAUCCAUGUGUGAGAGUAUAAAGGAAACUCGUGAAGAGUUGAAAGCAAACAGGAUUGAAGGAACAUCUUCACCGGGCGUUAAAGUCGGUGCUUUUAUUUCAUCCAAUACUAAUGGUAAAGAGUUUACUGGGGAAGAAGAUGGUGAAAUUGUUGGAGACACAAGUCGUACACCAUCAUUGAUUAGUUUACAACCAAUCGAUCAUACUAAACAAAAUAAGAGUCCACAAGGUAGCAUUGUUGAUAUUAAGGAGACCAUUAUUGAGAUUCCCACUAAUGAUGAAGAUUCCGUUGAAAUCAAAAUGUCUGAAUCAGUUAUGGAAGAAUUGCCAUCAAUAAAUGUUGAGCAACCUAAGUGUUGGAGGACAAUGUAUUAUUUGCUAGAUCUUUAUGAAACUACACCAGAAACUAAAACAAUUAUUGAAAGAUCCGAACGACCACCAACAACAAUUCAACAAAUGGAAACCAAAAUAACCAUAGAAGAUGAUGAUGUUAGAAAUCGAGGUAAAGGUGGAUAUGAGCAAUUACGUGAUAAUUUUAGUGAUGUAGAUGAUUUGAGUACACCAACCACAGGUGGACGAAAAGUCAGCCUCAUUGAAAGUGGUGCUCAGCGAAAAUCAAUGAUUAACAUUGUAUCAAGUGACAAAUUGAAGACAUACACCCAAGCACUAAUUCAUCGUGAGCUUACACCUCUAAUUGUUUUUGGCGUUGUCACCAUUCAAAAAGUUAAUCUAAUGGCCAUGCUGGGAGGACUUAAAUUAGACGGAGAAUUAUCAUCUUUCCAGGUCAGUUUAACCCACAAAAUAAAAUCUCGUGGAGCAGCCGUUCAGAUAAAGAAAUGGGAAGAAAGUUCAUUAACCGGACAAUUGGGUCAAUCAACCUUCUCAUUGUUUGAAGAGGUUCCCCCUAAUCAACAAAUGGUUGUUAAAAUGACAAUCGGUAAAUCGCAGACUUUAAUUUCUUCACAAAAUCGAAAAGGCAAAGAUGCCAAUUCUGCUUUAUUAACAAUCGGUCCAAUAAUGAUUGACAUCCCUCAACACCCUGUUGCAUUACAUGGAAUGAUGACCCGAUCAAGUCGCCAAUUAUCUACAACGUUACAAGAGUUAAGGUCAUCUCGUCAACCAUCACGAUCCAGUCGUCAACAAAAUGAAUCUGAAAAUAUAACAAUGACUGGUGCCAAUUUGGGUCCCUCUUUUAGCUCCAAUUUAAUGUCAUCCCCAACCCGUGAUUCAAUGACUCGAGAAGUUAAGGAAAAUAUACCAACCACCACCGCUGAGCCAAUCGGUGUGAAACCAGAACCACCCAAAUUAAUCAAACCAAUUGUUUUCCAAUUCAGCAUUGUAUUUGAUAGUUUUACAAUUGGUGCAUCAUUGCUUCCCUCUCUUCGAGCUCAAUAUAAAAUUGGUCAAAUAACAAGCAAUGGAUUGAUGGGAACCAAGGCUAAGUUUGUUGUUGAUGUCAGGGAACACACUCUUAGUUUCAAUACCAAUCUUCCAUCAGCAGAUUCAAGUUUACCAUCAUCAGCCAAUGUUUCAAUGCCUCCGAUUCAUGUUUCAGCGGAAUACAUGGAGGAUCCACCAAAUCGAGGUAAAGUUGCCGGCUCCAAUAGGCCAGAUAGUUUUGCUGAUGGGAUUGUUUUAAGGAAAGGAAGUUACCUUCAUGCAAUUGCUGACAUUGGCUCUUUUGAACACAGUUUAACUACUGACUUGCUCAAUCACCUGUUAUUGGUUCAAAAGGUUUUCAUGAAGGAAGUUAAUGAAGUUGUCCAAAAAAUGUCAGGUUGUGAAAGUAAAAUAUUGGAACCAGAGUCAAGUGAAAUGGAUAAAUCUAUGAAUGACUCUCUUCAUUCAGGUCUAAUGACGGCAACAGCAUCUUCAAAGGCGCGUUAUCUUCUUUUCUCUCUUCAUUUAAGACUCGAAGGAAUUCAAAUUACUGCAACUACUCCAACCAAUUCGGCAGUUAGACUUGAAACUGGCGCUAUGGAACUACAAUUAUCAAAUAGAGUACAAAACAUGUCAUCUACUUUCCGAGGAUUACAUGAUGUUAACCUUAAACUAUUCAUUAAAUUGCAAGUUGAUCUCAAUGUUGCCCUUGGACAAUUGAUACGGAAUGCUUUGUUUGAAGAAGCUGAUCCAGAAUUUCAACAACUUGCUUACUUCAAGACUCGAAUUGUACUAAGAAAUGCUUUACAAGACGAACUAGUUUCAUCAUCAAUGACAUCUGCUGAGGGAAAGGAAGCACUUCUCAUUACUCUCCAUCGUCCACUCCUCUAUAUUCAACCGCUAGCACUGGAUAAAGCUGUCCUUGUUUGGUUAAAUUAUAAGAAUGCUUAUGAAUAUUGGAAUGAACAACGAGCUAAUUUGAACAAAGAAGUUCUCAUAACAACUCAACAGGUAUUGGACAAAAUACCACAGAUACCUCAAAUAAGUCCACAAAACUUGGGAACACUGUUUCUACAAUUGACCAUUGACGAUCUUGGAAUAUGUUUACCCAUUUCUUAUUCCAAUACUUACCAAACAUCUGGAUUAAUUAAUUCCAAACCUUAUGAUGCUGAACUAAAAUCAGCUUUAGUUAUUACUCUUGAAUCGACACGAAUAUCUGCUUGUUCUUGCGGUUCACUGGUGUCCAAAGCUCGAUUCACAGGACUCUGUUUUAGAUUUGCUGAUGACUUUGAAACAUCCCUUGAUGAUUGGAAACCCGACCAUUCAGAUCCUUCUGUGAUGAACUUGUGUAUUGUCUCUGAAGGAACCUACGAAAUGUGCUCUAAAACAAUUACUCAUAUUGUUCCCAAUCAUCCUGCUCUCUCUGGUAGCGAUGCUAAAUGGUUACUCAAUGUAUCCUGGAGAAUGGAGGGUUUUGACAUUCAUGUCGACACUUCCAUUGGAAAACAAUUUUCUGCUUUAUUUAAAACUCUUACUGCCAUUGCUGGAGAUGAAGAUGAGAUUGACACUAUUGAUUACUCAUCAAUUGACGAUACAACUAAUGAAGGAGUUGAGUUUAAAGGUGACGGUCCAAAUGUAGAGAUUGAAAUGACAUCUCCUCUGGCUAAUGAUCCAGAACUGGCCAAUGUUAAUCUUCGUCGAACUUCGUUGUUUAAAGAUACUUCAAUGGACACUCGUAAAAGAUCGAGACUAAUUGAAAAAGAGCUGAAUGAGCAAGCAAAAAUCAUCAAUGAUUUAAAGACACUGGGAGCAAGCCAGAGUACAAUUGAACAAGAAAUUAAACGACUCCAUGAGUUGGAAUCGGCUGUCUUCAAUGACUUUAAAAGAGAUGUAAUCAAAAAAUUGAGACGUCAAUCUGUCAAAAGAUCAUCUUUUAGAGACAAAUUGAGUUUGGUGGACAGUAAAAUGACUCCUUCGAUAACGGAAACUUGUCUCAAUUCGGACCCUGAACCUACAACAGGUCUUACUACAUCAGAAAGUGAAGGAAACAAUUCAAUCGAUAAAUUAAGACAAUUUGAAAAUCAUAACAAUGGUGAUUUUGCAGCUAGAAGCAUCUCUCUGGAUUUAAAUACUGCUGAUCAAGCUGGAGAUGACCCGCUUUUUACUACUUCGUCACUUGAUGAUAAAGUCCAUUUCGCAUCACAAUCUAAUUCUCCCAAAGCACAGUCUUUGGGUACAACACCGCAAGAUUCAUCAAAAUCAACCUCACUUUCCGCAAUUUCCCGUAGCUAUUCAAGUAGUCAACAAACUACAAAUAGCAUUUCAUCUGAUCAUUUGAAUACCUAUUCUGAUUCAUGUAACAACACUUUCUCAUCAACCAGUGGUUCAAGUAAGAUUGAUUACACUGGAUCGUUAACAACAUCUUCAAAUGUGUCUACUAAUGCUUCUCGCGUCAAUAAAAAUAACUGUGACAAUUCUGAUGAUCAUUCAUCUCUGCUUAAGCGUCUUAAUAAAAACACACAACCAACUGGGAAUAAAGAGACAAGUUUUGUUCCAGACGUUCGGAGUAUCCCAAAUAUUCAAGUCAAACCAACGAGCUAUCAAAUUCAAGAACCUUACAUUGAUUUUGAAUUGGAUAUUAAAGUAUUUUUCAACAGUGGUAAAUGUGUUUUUCACACUCGAGAAUCAGUCAAAGAUGAUGAAUAUUCUCGUAAAAAUGGUUUACCCAAGGAGCGAAGUUUCACGGGAAAUCCUGAUGGAUUGUCGUCCCCAUUGGGUCACAUUCCUCGACAAAGUGCUCUACGAUCUUCUUUGACAAACAAUAAACAUGGAAAUUCUGGAGCUGGAUUGAAGGCAAAUCUUUCUUCAAAUCGGUUGAGAUAUCCAACCACUGCUGGUACAAGUACCAGUCAAAUGGAUUAUUCAAUCUUUUUAAUUCCAGGUUUAGAUAUUAAAGUGCAUUAUAACUCAAAAACAGUCUUUGGGUCAACACCAGGACAACAGCAACUGUCAACAUUUGGACCUGGAAAUCUGAAAUCUGUACCAGAAUCUCGAGACUCUGAAACACCACAAGCAAACAUUAGCUUUGCACCUAAUCCCGCUAAACGAAGUGGCUCUAAGAAAGCCUCGUGUUAUGCUUGGAUGACUCUUCACAGUAUCCCAGAAGAGACCAUAAUAUCACCUCAUAUUCUUGAUUUCAUGGAACAAGCUCUUGAACCUAUUCCAAUUCAACCUCCUUCGUCCGGUAAAACAUCUUCACCAGCCUCAGAUGGUCAUCAACUCAAUCCUGAUGAUUUUUCACGACCAGAUUUAAUUACAUCGGCUCCUGCUCAAUAUGCCGUUUAUGGUUCUUUCCCAGUAGAUGUUAUUGUUUACCUUCACAUGCAACCUUCCGUGCUCAGAUUUAGUUGUCUUCCAGUUUCUCGUGUUGAAUGUCUUCUCCAACUUCCUUCUGUAGACCUAGUCUUUUCAUCUAAAAGAUUACAAGAUGAACUUGACAUGAGUUUGCCUCAACAACCAUUGGGUAAAAAUAUGCCUUUCUCAUCAUCGUGUGGACCUUCAAGGGCAGGCAAUAUUAAAUAUGGCCAUAAAAGAUCGGCUUCUGAUUUCCGUCACCCUCAACAUCAAACAGAAACCUCAAUUGGUGGACUUAGCAUGACAGGUUGUCUUGCUGACUUUUCCUUGUACAUUUUUCAUCCUUAUGGUGGUCAAAAGAAAGCUCCUGGAUCAUCAAUGGUCUCUGAAGCAUCAUCAACAACUUCAUCACCGUUGCCCAAAUCCAAUUCAGAUCGUAAAGAUGCCCUCAGCUUACAAGUUGAAUUUGUUAAAAUAAACAUAUCUAGAAGUCGCCGACUUGUUCUAAGUCUGGAAACAUCUCCACCAGUCACUAGAUCAUCCCACUCUGCACAAGAAAAGUUUAACCAAACGGUGAUGAUUCGAUUUUCUGCUCUUUGUGACAUUGGUUCGGCUUCUUUUAAAUAUGAUAUGCGUCGUCUCACGGAAACCCUUGCUUUCCCUAAAGCUUGGUAUCGUAAAGCAAUUUGGAAGAGAAUGUUUCUCGGUGAUCAAGGAAUCGGUGGUCAUAGUAUCUUUUCAGAUCAAGAUUAUAAUCUGUCAUCGUCAUCAACAUCGUCAUCAUCAUCUAAAUCACCAUCAGCCUCUACUUCAAGCUCCUCGACCAGUUUGGAUGAAACUGGCUUGCCAUCUUCAUCUAAAAUAAUAACAUCGAAACCUUUUAAUAGGUCUCCAGGAAAUCGAAAUAGAGAUGCUCUUUGGUUAAAUAUUCAAGACACUGAUCCCUCAUCAUCUCAAACCAAUCAUCCUCACCACCAUCGAAUUAAACAUAAUCAACUUCACUCAUCAGUAUCUUCAGAGGGAACAACGCAACAACAAAGACAAAUUAUGAACGCUCCAUGGAAAACGUUGAUUCUUUUUGGAGUUAACCUUUGUAAGCUCAAUGUACACAUGAAUAUGGCAAAUGUCAUGGGUAAUACAAGUUGGUUAACUCGAGGUUUCCGAUCAGAAGGCAGAGUAUCAAUCGACUCAAAUGGCCAUAAAAGUGUCAAUGUUAGUUUAGGUUUGGAUGGUUCAUCUUUAGAUGCCAAAGGAGGUAUAAUUGGAGGUAUCUUUGAAAUCUCUCAAAUUCAAACCAAAGUCAAUAUCAAGGAAAAUUUCGGCAAAGAACCUGAUCAUAUGAUAACCCUUAAAUUAGAUGCUCUUGAGAAACGACUUGAUUACAUGGGUACAUCUAUAUUGAUGUUACGUAUGUCUGAUCUUGAUUUAACUCUUCGAGAUGAAUGGAGGAUUGAUGAAGGCGCUGGAAACAGUGGUAAUCAUCCAACCAAACGACCAGCUUGUAUAUUCAUUCAUUGUAAUCUUGCUUGGGAUCAACUUCAAUUAUUAAUGUCUAAAUCAACAACACCUGAUAUAAUGAAAAUUAUUGCUAAAUUGGAGGAAUUUUUUAGUCAACAAUUUCACAAUUCUAAAAGAGUAUUUUCAUCAUUUCAAGCAGUUUCAUCUAAAAACAAAGCCUCUUCAUCUUCAUCAUCCUCUACAAUUAAUUCAUCAGUUCCAGGAGUACCAACAACCUCAACAAAUCGACAUUCAUUUAACAAGGAAAAAGCAUCAACCAGUGGAAGUGUCCGAAUUAAUAAACCCUCAACACCAACAUCAACAUCCAGUGGUAGCGGUUUACUUGAUGGUGGAUCAUCUAAUAAUGAAAUUUAUCGACAUCAUCGUCAUUGGCAAAAGGUUUUACGACUUGUUUCUGGUGCAUCGUUAUCCACUUUAAGUAAUCCACUUCCACCCAAAGGCACCAUUCUUGGUGGAACAUUUGAAUUAAUUGGAAACAACAUUUCACUGGCUUGUUUCUAUGGAAUUAACUUUCGUUCCAAAUCUUGGGGACUUUUCUCUAUGUUGAAACCAUCCAUAUCUUUUGCUUCCGAAGCUCAAGAUGUUGUUAAUAAUGAAACGGGUUCAUCUGAUACUCAUAUUAUUCAAAAUUUUACUUUUUCAUUGGGCAGACGUGAUCGUCGUCGUGAUGUUGACGAGGCUAGUUUUUCAGUUGACUGUAUUUAUGCUCAACAUUCCAAUAUGGCAACUGUUUGUAAAAUAUCUCGAACCGUUAUGUUUCCUCCUCAAUUCAAGUCACUUCACGAGUGGUUCCAAUACACAUUUGCUGGCAGUGAUUUAGAUCAGAUUAAUCGUUUUCCCGUCAUUGAAUUCGAACGUUCUGGUGAUGGUUUUGGCUCUGCAGCCUCAGCUGCCUCAGGAGAAUUUCAUUCACGUAAAUUUUCAUCAAAUCCAAAAAGCAAUGAAUGUCACCACUCUAAAGAAGUAAUCUUUGCUUUACCAAGUUUUCAAGUUGAUCUUAAAACUGAGCAUCUUCAAGCUCUUCGACCACCAUCUGUUAUGGAUCUUAAACCUCGAGUUGAUUGUACAUUUGUUACCGAUUUUGAUGAUCACAUUUUUGUUGCAGUUGAUGCUGAAGCAUACUUUUUCCUCCAUGAAUUAAUCACCAGCUAUUUCAAAGAGAAGCAAAUUUAUCACACUCGAAGUUCAACAGGUAGUCAACUAAUUGAUAAAUCAGAUACUGGGGAAAUCGGAUCAAAUUUAGGUUCCUCUGAAAACAAAGAACCAACUAAAAUGCCAGAAACUUCAGCAGGAUCUUCAUCAAAUCAGACGGCCCUUUACGAGCGAGACUAUCGAGAAUUUAAUUGCCAAACUUGGCAUCUAGAACCAACUGUUAGAUUAUUAACUUGGGCUGGUAAAAACAUUGAACCUUACGGAGUCGAUUAUAUUCUUCAGCGACUUGGCUUUACUCAAGCUCGGACUACAAUACCUAAAUGGAUUCAAAGAGGUGCCAUGGACCCUCUUGAUAAAGUCCUUUCAGCAAUAAUGUUCAGAGUUAUUUCUGCCUCCAAAAAUGAAUCAUCUCCAAACUCAAGAUGAUCACCUUAGACCUUUAUUUAGAUUACAAUUGCUAGUCUUUUUUUUCGAUUGUUUCUCCUAUGUCAAACCCUUAUUUUGAAGAUAUUGAUGCGCUUUGUUGAAUGAUUGAUCUUAUCCAAUUUGAUAGAUUACAGUAGAUUCAUUUAACUUAAAUUGUUGAGUUAUUUGUAAAAAUAUUUACUCCAUUAUCUAUGAUAAGAGCACCAAUAUCUUAUAACAGCUCACUGAAAACAUCUUGUAAAUAAUCUGAAUAUUUUCUUCUUGAUUUUCUUGCAUGAAACAAUUUCCUAAAUUAUUCAUGUUUAUAUUAUAAUGUGAAAGUUUGAAUUUAUUAUAUUAUAUUAAUGUCAGCAUAAUUAGCAUGUAAAUAUUGAAAACACAAAAUUGUGUACAGUAAAAAUUAUUU